AGAGACUAUUACAAUGUAAGUGGUAUAUAAACAGACACCAGGAUACAAUUACCAUUAGUUCCAAAAUUACCAAUGAGUAAAGAAUUAUAUUAUAUUCUGAAUUCAGUUCAAUUUGCACAGCUACAUACAAAAAGAUUCAAUCGCAUCAGUUCCAGGCAGAUUGGAAAUAACUGUUGGAAAUACUAUUCUAGUAACCAUGGCGAUAGGCAGUACUGCCCAGCUGCUGACGGUCGUGAUGAUCCGCCUAUACCUGGCCUCGAGUUAUGAAGUAGGAAACAUGCCAAGUGAAUUUAACGUCGAACAGGGACAAGCGAAGUAUAAAGUUCCAAUUGAGCCACCCAAAGGAUUUCCUCGCCAUUUACUAGAUUUGGACCUAGAAUACGACAGUGGAUCAAGUAACGGUCCCAUGGGACUGGGUUGGACAAUAAACGGGUUGUCUCAAAUUUCUAGGUGUGCUAUAACAUGGGCACAGGAUGGUCGCAAAGGUCGUGUCAAAUAUGAUAAUGGCGACAAGUACUGUUUAGAUGGAUCUAGACUUGAGCUAACAACAGGAAUCUAUGGAACAGAUGGCUCCACCUAUAGUACUGAAAUCGACUCAUUCUCAAGAAUCUACAACCGCGGUUCUCAAGGAUUUGAAGUUAGAACUAAAAACAAUCGGAAAUUAACAUAUGGGAGAAUACAGACGUCACUAGUGAUGGCACCUGGACAAAACAACGUUCACGCGUGGAAACUGGAUUCAGUCAGUGAUUAUACAAACAAUGUCGUCAAUAUUGCAUACGUCGAUAGUACAAAUGGAUAUCUUCUUGCUAAUGUUACCUAUAAAGACAUUCUAAUCGUCUUAGACUAUGAAGCUCGUGGAGAUGUGUCCAUUUCUUACUUCAAUGGUGGUGUUUUUCAAACUCAGAACAAACGUCUUAAGACUAUCAGAACUCUCGUUGCUGGACACCUACAGAGAGAGAUGAAAAUAACGUAUAACGAGGCGAAAGAAUCGAAACAAAGUAUCGUGUCAAGCAUUCAACUUUGUGGUAGAAAUGGAAAAUGUCAGAAACCAGUUCAGUUUGCGUUCCAAGGUGUAUCAGACAUUGAAAGUACAAACACACCUGGGUAUUGGAUAAAUCAAUUCGGAACUGGGACUGGUGGCUGGCAGGUGACAAACCAUCCAAGGUGGAUGGUGGAUAUGAACGAUGAUGGUCUGGUGGAUGUUGUUGGUAUUGCAAAUGCAGGUGUUAUGGUAGCACUCAACCAGAACGGAUCAUUCCAAGCAGCUAAGUACUGGGUUAACUCUUUUGGUAUAGGUAGUGGAGGUUGGAACGGUAAUCAUCCUCGACAUAUUGUUGAUGUCAAUGGUGACCAACUCCCGGACAUCGUCGGCUUCGCAAGUGGCGGGGUCUACGUAUCAAUCAACACUGGGUCGGAAUCAUUUACGGCUCCUAGGCUAUGGUUGGCGCAAUUUGGAUAUUCUGCGGGUGGUUGGCGAGUUGAAAGCCAUCCAAGAUUUGUGAAGGAUGUAAACGGCGAUGGAUUGCCUGACAUAGUUGGGUUUGCAAGUGGUGGAGUGCACGUGUCCCUCGGGACAGGUUCCACAUUCCAACCAUCACGGCAGUGGAUAGCAGCAUACGGUACCUCCAGUGGUGGUUGGAGUGUAGCUAAUCAUCCUAGAUACCUCGAAGAUGUAAACGGAGACGGACUUCCAGAUAUUGUUGGCAUGGCUAGUGGAGGUGUCUACGUAUCUCUCAACACUGGUUCAUCCUUUGCUGAAGCCACGGUCUGGGGAAGUGGUAUAUUUGGACACAGUCAGGGCUGGCGAACAAAUCAGCACCCAAGAUUUGUGAUCGAUGUCAAUGGUGACGGAUUGGCUGAUAUUGUUGGGUAUUCUUGUUGUGGAGUAGAAGUAUCACUUAGUACAGGCUCAGGUUUUUUGCCUUCAAAAACGUGGAUCUCUGGGUUUGGACAAUCAAACACAUGGAGAGUAGCCUCCAAUCCGAGAUAUAUUCACGAUAUGAAUGGAGAUGGGCUUCCCGAUGUUGUUGGAAUCGCUUCGUCUGGAGUAAUGGUGGCGUUGAACACAGGCUCGAAGUUCGCUCCACCCAAGACAUGGGUGGCUCAGUAUGGGAGCGGAACAGGAGGAUGGUCAGUGUCCAAUCACCCUAGAUACCUUGUUGAUGUAACGGGAGAUGGCAUCUCAGACAUUGUUGGUUUUGCUAGUGGUGGUGUGUACAUAUCAACUAAUAACAACAAAGCAACGUUGAUGACCUCGAUAACUGAUAGUUUUGGCAAUACAAAACGCAUAACAUAUUCAUCAUUGGCCGAUAAAGCUAUCUACACCCGUGGGGAAACAACCCAAUAUCCAGAUCCAAAGGUCAAUUCGGGGCAAACAGUAGUUAAACAAUUUGAACAAUCUAAUGGAAUCGGAGGCUUAAACACUACACAAUUCACGUACAAAGGCAUGAGGAUGAACAUACAAGGCCGUGGCUCAUUGGGGUUUGAAGAGAGAUCUGAAACAUUAGUUGAGAGCGAGGAGUCUUCAACGACAAUGUAUCACCAGACAUUUCCUUUAACGACAUUAAUCAAAUCCAUCAAAAAAGAGCACGGAGGACUACGUAUUCUUCAAAGUGAUAAAUCCUAUACAUCAACAGGUGGGAGGAUAAAGAAAAUUCACAUGACAAAUGACGUAGUGAAACAUUACGAUACAAAUGGAGGUGUUAUUAAAUCAGAGACCCUCUCAGUUGAUCAAUUCGACAAGUAUGGUAAUAUCAUUCAUAUGAAAAAGGAAACAUUUGGAAAUGGACAAACCUUCAUGCAGAUGACUGUUAACAACUACUCUAAUAACAUAAACUCAUGGUAUAUUGGAGAACUUGAUGCUAUCGUGGUAACAUACGGCAGUGGAUCAAACUCAAAAACUCGGCGUUCUACAUAUUACUACAACCGAUCAACAAGAAAGUUGAUGUAUGAACUAAGAGAGCCUGAACACCACCUGGGCCUCAAUACUUCAUAUAUUUAUGAUAAUUAUGGCAUUGUCGUUGCAAAACACAAAACACCAAUAUUUCCAAGGUCUGCUUCUUCUAGUUCAUCGACUGUCCUACCAUCAUCACGAAGUGUAUUUUUAACAUAUGAUUCAAAUGGGAAUAGGCUUUUAUCCAGCAGAAACAAUCUUAACCACGCGGAGGUGUAUACUUAUGACAUCAAUGGUAAUCUGGCAACUUUAACCGGUGCAAAUGGUUUAAUAACACGGUAUUCAUAUGAUGAAUUUGACAGGAAAAUAUAUGAAUCAAGACCAGAUGGUACAGAAACAAGAUGGUAUGUGUCCACUGUUAGGGAAUCAACAACCCAUGGUGCUUCAUAUAUGGAAAAUAUAACAAGGACGGGAGCACAAGAUACGAUCAAAAUGUAUGAUUCAUUUGAAAGACCAAUACGUAUCAUAUCUACUGGGUUUGGUCAGAGAGAUAUAUAUGAAGACAUAGAGUACAGCCAGUUUGGUCAUGUUAAACAACAAAGUUUGCCCUACUUUAACAAAGACGCUCAACCAUCUUGGGUUAAAUUUCAGUAUGAUAAAUUUGGCAGAGAGACCAUUGAAGAACGACCAAUGGAGGGUGUCCAGAAUGCUAUAAAAAAGACGGUGUAUAAAGGUCUAGUUAUGGAAAUCAUCGACGCAAAUGGACAUUCGAAAACCACUGAAAGGGAUGCUAUUGGUCGAGUUAUCAGAGUAACAGACGCUCUUAAUGGCAGUGUAAAAUAUGACUAUGAUGCAGUUGGUAACCUUUUGAAGACAACUGACCCAGCAGGCCAUAUCACAGAAAUGACAUAUGAUCAAUUCGGUAACAAACUAUCCAUAAUUGAUCCUGAUAUGGGACAUUGGCAGUACACGUACAAUGCAUAUUCAGAAAAACUAUGGCAGAAGGAUGCUGUCGGAAAUGAAAUAUUCUACAGUUACGACCAACUUGGAAGGUUGAUAGAAACAAAUGAACCUGAAGGGAAAACAGAAUGGAUAUAUGACCAAGGUCCUAAAAGUAAAGGAAAGCUGUCAAAGACUCAGUCACCAAAUGGGCACAUCAUGGAGUACAUGUAUGAUACUAAGGGGAGAGAGGCGGUAGUGAAGCAAACAAUUGAUGGGGAAAUGUUUGAAAUAAAGUCAGAAUACAACGCACUUGGCAAGCUUUAUAAACAAACAAUGCCUGAAGAUAAGGAGGUGCAUUAUUGUUAUGACGAUAAUGGUUUUCUGACAGAGGUCAGAAGCACCAGUUGUGAUUUAACACCCAGCACGGCAUCAUUUUACUGGAGAGGCCUCGACUAUGACUCAUUUGGUCACAUAUCGAAGGAACAAUAUGGGAACUCACUCCUUACGGGAUAUGAAUUCGAUGAUAGUAACUACCUUAGAUCCAUAAAGACAUGGGAUGUCUCUAAACGAUUAAAACGAGAUUGGGAAUAUACGUACGAUUCUACUGGCAAUAUGAUAAGCAGAAAGGACUUGUCAGAUGGCAUGAAUACUAUGGAAACGUUCUCCUAUGAUGCACUGGACAGAAUAACGAGGGCUACUAUCAAACACUUGGAUCCAACAAAGGAUAUCACCCUAACAGAGGACUGGGAAUAUGAUAGUAUUGGCAAUUUGAGAAGAUAUAGUGGAUUUGGUGGACUUCACUAUCAGUAUAGUGCAGCUCAGCCACAUGCAGUUACUAAAGCAGGUCCUAACACAUACAAAUACGACCUCAACGGCAAUAUGAUUCAAAAGAACAAUCAGCAUGUUAGUUGGACCUCUUUCAACAAACCUAAAACAAUGGAUACAAAAUCAAGUAACCACGUUGAAUUUGAAUAUGAUGCCCAUCAUUCACGGUUCAAAAAAGUAACUUCUGCAGAGACUGUCGUCUACAUAGGGAAGUUAUAUGAACGGUCCACUAGUCAUCGUAACGUCGUGCCAGAAACACAGACCGAUCAAAUCACACAUAAAUAUUAUAUAUAUGCUCUUGGUAGACUUGUUGCUAUUGAGUCAAAGAAGAGAAAUGAUCCCUCUGCUACCGUAAAAUAUCUGCAUGGGGACCAUCUAGAUUCUGUUGACACUGUUACAAAUGCAAAUGGUGAUAUAAUAGAAUCGUUGAGAUACAACGCGUAUGGGCAACGACGGUCAGAUUCUUGGGCUGACUUCAGAGAUUGUGGCGUGUCUGCACAGUCGGGAUCCACACACACCAAUCGUGGAUUUACAGGACACGAGCAUAUUGAAGAAUUGGAUCUUAUUCAUAUGAAUGGGAGAAUUUAUGAUCCUGUCGUAGGACGCUUCCUCAGUCCAGACCCACAUGUCCAAGACCCAUACAACACACAGAGUUACAACCGAUAUAGCUAUACGCUUAAUAAUCCACUAAAACAUAAAGAUCCCAGUGGAUAUUUCUUCAAGAAAAUUGGGCGCUUAUUCAAAAAGUACUGGAGACCCAUUGUUGCUGUGGCUGCAACUGUAGUUACAUUUGGGGCGGCUGCUCCAUUAGCUGCUGGAUUAGUCGCCACAACAGGGUUGACGGGAGUUGCUGCUACAGUAGCGAGUGGAGCACUUGCUGGGGCAGCAUCUGGGUUUGUUGGUGGAACAAUAGGAUCGGGGUCUGUUAAAGGCGGUCUGCAAGGCGCUCUUGGUGGAGCCGUAUCAGGUGGUUUGGGAGGCUACUUUGGUAGUGCCUGGAACUUAGAAAGAGUGGCAACCCAGGCAAUAGGUGGCGGAGUUGCUACAGAGUUGAGUGGAGGUGAAUUUAAAGACGGGUUCCUAAUGGCUGGUAUAACCGCUUCUGCGCAUUAUUUAUACAACACAGUUGUAGAAUAUGAUUCAACUUGGAAACCAGGCGGACCUGCACAAGUCAAAACUGACAAUCAAAUGCCAAUACCAGGGGCAAAUAACAUUGGAACACAGGGGCAUAAGACAAUCGAUCCAACGGGUUGGUUCAAUGAGGGAGGUAUAGUAAGCAGGGUGUUGAAUAAAGUCCCAGGAGUGAACUCAGUGGCCGGUAUGCAUGAUGUGUUCCAGGUUAAACUUGACGGCGUUUUAUUCCCCGGCGCCCGGGAUGUGUUUAAUGUUCCGGGUAUGAUACCAGCUGCAGCAAUUUCAUAUGCCGCUCUUUUGGACGGGCCAGCGUCACAGGCUCUUCUUGUUGACGAGAAAAAACGUUAGUCAAAAACAUUGUGAGCGACCUUUUUUAAAUUUCUAUUUGAAAAUAAUGUGUGAAAGAAACCAUAACGCGUACUUUAUCUUUUCUGGAGGUUAUUUAGAAUUCGACUGGAAUCAGAUCUCAGGAAAUUCGGAGAAGUAUAGAAAACAUCUUAAUGGGAAAAUAAUAGAAAAUACUAAAAAGUGGAUAUGAGAUGUUGAAAUCGAAACUUCCUUUUAGUCUUAUGACAGAUGACUCUAGAUGAUAUCUUGUUUCAACAAGCACGUCACGUCACUCUGCCAAACAAAGUAUAUUCAUGAUCACAUGCAUCUUGCCAUCUGCAAUGUCAUAUCAGAUGGCAUUAAAAAUCUAAUUCAAUGAAAAGAAACGUUACAAAUCCGGACUGCUCAUUCAUUUAUAGCUCCAAGUCCUUUAAGUUUAUCUAAUAUCAACAGCAUCCUGAGGCAUCAACUAUGUACAUUUGUCUCUACAAAUUUACAUUUGCGUCUUUUAGACUAUGUGCAGUUAAUUUGAUUUAUACAGGCUGGGAAAAUAAAGAUGGGACACUCACAUAUAUUCUAUUUAAAAAAUCAGAUAUGAAAUGAGUGUACAUUGUGAACAUUCGAGACAUUUCUGUUCAUGUACAAUUUCAAAUCAAACAAUGCAAGUUUUCAUUACAUUUUUCUGUAAGCAAGAAUUGUGACGCAUUACUUCAAAAACAGCUUUUUAAAUUGCAGAAUUUUUCAUAAUUUCUAUAAUAUUAGAUCUUUAUUUCUUACAUCUCGCAAAAAUUUCAUUGUUAUUUGACGCCUAGACGAUCAUCUUUGUGUUAAGAAUAAAAUUGUAACAGCAUUGUAUAGUAAUGUGAUUGGUCUAUUUUCUAUUUAAAAAGCAUCUUUUUAAGAGCAUGCUUCUUUUAUAUGCCCAUGUGGUGUCUUAGAUUGAGACAUGUUGUAUAUUUUGUAUAUAUUUUUGAUCAAGAAAUAAAAAAUUGACACAGUAUUCUGAAUCAUA